AGCAUUUAUCUAUAGCACUGACAUCUAGUGGUCGCUUGUAUUUACUACCACCUUUAGCUUUCUUCUGACAUCUUUACUAGGUCAUAGUUGAUAAGCAUGUUAAUAAGAUGUCUUUACUCCACCAAUCCCCCGAGGACAAGUCCUUAGCCAUGCUGUCUGUUUUGUACUUAAGGCAAGUGCCUUUGUUCCCCGGGGUCCCCGUAUCAUCAACUAGGUGUUCCUGCAAUAAAGGCUGAUUGAGAAGGAUCCAACGGUGUUGCGUCUUCCUUGCCGGUCGAGGUGGGCGCCACAACUGGUGGCCCUUACGGGGACCCGAGAAAAUUAUCUUUUCUCGUCUGGAUCCAGAACUUUUUCAGCCUCAGGACGGUCGGCGCCGAAUCAAGACAAUCCAAUCUGGGUGCCUGAACGUUUGACUCGCAAACUGCCUCCUGCUAUUCGUGAAGAUGAGACUACGAAUACUACUACUACUACUGGAAAUGAUGAUCCAGGUUGAUUCACUCACGCUGUGGGCUAUCGCCAGAUCCUGGCCAGUACUUAUGCCAGUUCAUAGCAAUUCUACUGUUUUGCCAACCUUUUUCUCCACAUCCUGUUUGCGUGAUGUUCCUUGUAUAGUGCCUAGUGGAGAAUUGCCUCAACGAUAUACUGCCACUAAUCUUUCACUGUUACAUACUUUAUGUUUCACUCUUAGAAAUUCCUCCCAGCCUUGUAUAUGGCUGUAAAGGACCACUUUGGCAAACUGGUUAGAUCCUGUGAGCAACCGUGCUAUGGGCACUGGAGCCAUCCAGGCUGCUCUGAGUAAAAUUACACAAGGGGCCUCUUCAGGCAAUGGAGAUACAUCAAUUGAUAACUCUGCUAAUUCGUACAUUACAACUUUGAUUAUGAUGCAUAAUGGUAGCUUUCCAUCACUCCCGGGGCAAGGCAUUCGCAAACUGGUUAACUCUACCUGUCGUAGAGUCCUACCUACUUGCCCCCCAUAUAAAGCCUUUCCACCUAAAUUUACCCCAUGUCAGAGUCCGUUCCAUAGACCUAAACAAUUCCUACCGGGAUUUGAAUUUUCCCCUCCUCUUAGCAAUGCCCAAUAUGAUAGGAAGAGAAAUAAGACUGGCAAACGUAAUUUUUGGCCCUGGUAUCAAUGGGUAUUAUCUAAUGAGCAGGGAGCAUACACAUCUCUAACUCCUUUUGCUCGAUUAUUAGGUGAAGAAUUUACAUUAUAUAACAUUUCAGCCAUUAGAACCAAUAACAAUACAAGUUUAGUAGGUGUUAAGAUUAAUAGCCUAAUAGCUAAUGAUGCUGCUGUUGGCGCUCCAGUAUGUGUUAGACCACCUUUCUUUUUUCUGAUAAGCGCUAAUGCAAGUGAUUAUGCUUUAAAUUGCAAUAGCUCUGACGUAGUUUGUUAUUUAGCUGAAUGCUGGGAUGGCACCAAUGAUACCGCAGUGAUUGUAAAGAUUCCCUCCUUUGUGCCUAUCCCUGUAGUAGCAAAUCCAGAUGAUUUUCCCAUACUUCAUUUAUUAAGAACUAAAAGGGAUUUUGGUAUUACGGCAGCUAUAAUUUCAGCCAUUGUAUUAUCAGCCGCUACAGCUACAACAGCCGCGAUUGCUAUGACUAAUCAAAUACAGACGGCUGAGACUAUCAAUAAGAUUGUAGAAAGAACCACAGUAACAUUGGAGAUACAAGAAGAAUUCAAUACCCACUUGGCAUCUGGCUUUCUAUUAGCUAACCAACGAAUAGAUCUGCUUCAAGAACAAAUUGAGGCAUUAUAUCAUAUGACGCAGCUGUCCUGCGUUUCCUCCUUUAGAGGCUUAUGUGUUACUCCAUUGAAAGCUAACUUUUCUCAGUAUUCUCAACAGAGCAAAGAAAUCUCUAAUUAUUUGAAAGGAAACUGGUCCAUGGAAGCGGAACAAUUAUCAAGACAAUUGCUGAUGCAGAUUGCUGUCCUUAACAACACCAGAAUGGAACCCAUCUCGAUUGGGGAUUUCACCUCGUGGAUCACCAAUGCUUUCUCGUUUUUCAAAGAAUGGGCUGACAUGUUUGCCUGGGGGGCCAUUGUCCUCUUGGGAUGUGGAGUAUGCCUAUGGCUCUUUUGCCGUUUAAAACGAGAACAUGCUAGACACAAAGCGAUUGUUUACCAGGCUAUGGCGGCCAUUGAGAGCGGUGCUUCUCCCAGUGUGUGGCUGGCCUCUCUAAAAGAUUGAGAGUUCGCCCUAGAUCGUAUUUUGUCACUGUCAUGUGAGGUCAUUGUGUCCAGAGACGGGCAACUUUCCUCAGGCUCGGACCAACCUAAGCCAGGAGCCCGGUGGCGAUAGGGUUAAUUUCCAGUGACGGGUAAGGCCGAGUUUUGAGAGGAACGACCUAAGACAGGAGCAAUGACGUGUAUUGACGUGACACCCAGAUCUAGAUCAGUCAUAACAGAGGUGGCCCUGCCCUGUUUGUACAUUCGGGCUGGUCCCAUGCCCCUCUGCUCUGUCUCUCCCCUAUUAUUAGCACACCAAUAGCCCAGAACGGUGUGUUGUACAUUUCAGUCAUCUCUAGCCAUUGGGGUGCAGUCCUAACUGCAGGAGUGGCUCGUCAUGGCCGAGCUGGGCACUCUGUGAGGCAUGUCUGAUCUCUCUCAGACCACUACCUCCACCUAAUGGACUCAUCUUUUAAUAAAACAAAAAAGAGGGAGAUGUUGGGAGCAUUUAUCUAUAGCACUGACAUCUAGUGGUCGCUUGUAUUUACUACCACCUUUAGCUUUCUUCUGACAUCUUUACUAGGUCAUAGUUGAUAAGCAUGUUAAUAAGAUGUCUUUACUCCACCAAUCCCCCGAGGACAAGUCCUUAGCCAUGCUGUCUGUUUUGUACUUAAGGCAAGUGCCUUUGUUCCCCGGGGUCCCCGUAUCAUCAACUAGGUGUUCCUGCAAUAAAGGCUGAUUGAGAAGGA